UCAGAGAAACCAGGAGUCACAUUUGGGGCAUUUCAUCUUUACUCAUUUCAGAAAAGUACCAACAUGUAUACUGGAGAGAAAUUCUACAAGUGCCCCCAAUGUAGGAAAGCUUUUAAUAAAACCUCAAAACUCAUUUUACAUCAGAGAAUUCAUGUUGGAGAAAACCCUUAUGAAUGCAAUGACUGUGGGAAAGUUUUCCAUCAUAGGUCAAAACUUAGCAUACAUCAGAGGGCACAUACUAGAAAAAAUCCUUAUCAAUGCAAUGACUGUGGGAAAAUGUUUAUUAAUGACUCAAAACUUAUUUUACAUCAGAAGAUUCAUACUGGUGAGAAGCCAUUUAAAUGUAAUGAUUGUGGGAAAGUCUUCAGUCAUAGGUCAAGACUUAUUAUACACCAGAGAAUUCAUACUGGUGAGAAGCCAUUUAAAUGUAAUGAUUGUGGGAAGGCCUUUAAUCAGAACUCCAACCUCCUUAAACACCAGAGAAUUCAUACUGGUGAGAAGCCAUUUAAAUGUGAUGAUUGUGGGAAGGCCUUUAAUUGGAUUUCCAACCUCCGUAAACACCAGAGAAUUCAUACUGGUGAGAAGCCAUUUAAAUGUGAUGAUUGUGGGAAGGCCUUUAAUCAGAAUUCCAACCUCUCUGUUCACCAAAGAAUUCAUACUAGUGAGAGGCCAUUUCAAUGUAAUGAUUGUGGGAAGGCCUUUAAUCGGAGUUCCCACCUCCUUCAACACCAGAGAAUUCAUACUGGUGAGAAGCCAUUUCAAUGUCAUGAUUGUGGAAAUACCUUUAAUUGCAGUUCCAGCCUCCUUCAACACAAGAGAAUUCAUACUGGUGAGAAGCCUUUUAAGUGUCAUGAUUGUGGGAAGGCCUUUAAUCAGAGUUCUAACCUCCUUCAACACCAGAGAAUUCAUACUGGUGAAAAGCCAUUUCUAUGUCAUGAUUGUGGGAAGGCCUUUAAUCAGAAUUCGCACCUCCUUCAACACCAGAGAAUUCAUACUGGUGAGAAGGCAUUUCUAUGUCAUGAUUGUGGGAAGGCCUUUAAUUGGAUUUCCAACCUCCUUAAACAUCAGAGAAUUCAUACUGGUGAGAAGCCAUUUAAAUGUAAUGAUUGUGGGAAGGCCUUUAAUCAGAAUUCCAACCUCUUUAAACACCAGAGAAUUCAUACUGGUGAGAAGCCAUUUAAAUGUAAUGAUUGUGGGAAGGCCUUUAAUCAGAACUCCAACCUCUUUAAACACCAGAGAAUUCAUACUGGUGGGAAGCCAUUUAAAUGUAGUGAUUGUGGGAUGGCCUUUAAUCAGAAUUCCAACCUCUUUAAACACCAGAGAAUUCAUACUGGUGAGAAGCCAUUUAAAUGUAAUGAUUAUGGGAAGGCCUUUAAUCAGAGUUCAAAUUUAAUUGUCCAUCAGAGAAUUCAUACUGGAAAGCUUAUUAAAAAAUCAUGAAUGUGGUAAAGAUUUCAAUAAGAGAACAAACUUCCUGGUACAUCAGAGAAUUCACACUGGUGAGGAACCUUAUAAAUGUGAAGGCUGUGAGAAAGUCCUCAGUUUUCAGUCAUAUUUUCUUGACCAUCAGAGGGCCCAUAUUGGUGAGAAACUUUAGUAAUGUGAUGAAUAUGCCAAAGGGCUCUGUAAGCAUCUAGUACUCAUUGAUCAUCUGAUCAUGUUAGAUAUAAACCUUUUCCGUACGCUUCUUGUGAGAAUGUUUUGGUACAAAAUACAAAAUUUUCUACACUAGAAAACUUGUGCUGAAAAAAAAAAACAACUUAGGUCCACAAGUUUCAUUUGGCUGUAUGAUUAUCAUGAAAUGUGUUUCUGUUUAGUAGCAUAAUAAUGAAUUCAAUUUUUUAUUUCAUUCUUUACCUCAUUUUUGACAAUCAAAUACAAACCAUUUAUAUUUUAUUAUUUUUAUAAAUAUAUUUUCUCCUCUCACUUAUUCCUAGUUUUACAUGGGAUUGAUAUUUAUCUUUACAUAUUACAAACAAGAUAAUGUUUUCUAGUUUGAAUGUCACUUCAUCUAGAUGUUAAUAUUGCAA